ACCGUCCGCGUGCAUGAGAGAAUCUGCGCAAAACGAUGAAGCUUGUGAUCAUUUUAAUUGCGCAACGACCUUUUAAUCCGACCUUGGUGAUGAAUGAAAAAGCGCACUCAAACUCUAAACGCAACGGCACAAAAGUUUCCCCUCUUUUCAUUCAUUUCAAUUCUGCUCUAAAGCCGACCACGUCAUGCCUGCGCAGUGACGUCAGGGCAGCACAGGGACUCGCGGACCUGAGAGAGAGGUGGAAAAAAAACAAAAAAGUGUAACAGAACAGAAGAAGUCGAGGCGUUUGAGAAAACAGGAAGCAAAGCGGUGUAAAGCCAAUCAGGGGUGGUUGUUGAUAAAAAACUUAAGGGGCAACUCUGUCGUGAUUUUGCGCUUUGAAACUGUCAACACUUGCGGUCGGUUGGAGCGCGAGGACUUUCUGUCCGUUGCCUGGACACCGCUGAAGGAAGGAAGCUCGCGCUGCGCGCAGAAGUGGACGGAACAACGGCUACCAGUUCAGGGGUCUCGGUUUAUUAAUUCUCCCGUAGAGGAAUGGACCCCACCGCGCUAUUUUUUUAUCACGUUGAAGCCAGGGCGUGAUCCUGUAGAUUUUAAACGCGGCCCUGCUCGAUUUAACAGGAGUAUUUUGACGUUGAAGAAGUCCUCGCUCCUCCUGACAGCCACGGCGGACGGCAGCGACUAGCGAGUGAAUGCACGAGCAGGCAGGCUGAGCUAACGCGAGCUAGCGACUUAGCUGCUAAUGUCAACUAACAUGGAGGGAGAGGUGCAUGUGUUACAUAACAACCUAAUGCAAUUAAAUCGCCGACUUUUGACACCUCUCAAGCCCAGUUAUGGACGCGAUUUAAUCGCGAAAGAAUAAGACAAUAAGUUACGUAAGCACGUUGUUUUACGAGAGAUGGAGUCCAACUCGCUUAUCAGUGCAAUGGAUCCGUCCAUUACACUGUGGCAGUUCCUGCUACACCUUUUGGAUGAUCAGAGUCAAAAGCACCUGAUCUCCUGGACGUCUGGGGACGGAGAAUUCAAGCUACUGGAUGCUGAGGAGGUGGCCAGACUCUGGGGGCUCCGAAAAAACAAAACCAACAUGAACUAUGACAAACUGAGCAGAGCACUUCGAUAUUACUAUGACAAGAACAUUAUUAAGAAGGUUAGCGGCCAGAAGUUUGUCUACAAGUUUGUCACCUUUCCCGACCCCAACUCCGCUGAUGGCCUGAGAGGGCCAGAGGAUUCCCAAAUGGCCAAUGCAGAGAAAUUGGAGCUCUCCAUCCAGACCAAACCUGUAGGUGGCGCUAACACCACCAACCCUUGUCUUUCCAAGAGCCUGCAGGUCCAGCGCACCUCGCCCAGCUCAGUGCAGCGCAGCUCACGCAACGAUUACAUGAAGUCUGGUCUCUACUCCACGUUUACAAUCCAGUCCCUGCAAACACCCUGUAAAACCACAACUAGAUCCAUUAAAUCAGAGCACUUCCUGAGUGACGGCAGCCCAAACGCUGCCUCAGCGGACCGUACAGUAUAUGAGGUGCGUGUGCGUCAGACAGAGGCCCAGCCGACUGUAGAGAGCAGUGGUCUGCAGGUGAUAGUGACCCACCCGUCUCCAUGUGCUACACCCGCCCUCAGUCCCCAGACACCCGCUGGCACUGCCACAGCAGCCACGAACGCUCAAGCACAGAAGAGCCAGAAUUUGGGUGACCCGCCACAGAUCUACUUGUCUGAUCCCAGCUCUCUUAACUCCCUCAUUCCUUUGGCUCAUGGAGAAUGUGUGGUCCCCCCUCAGCAGGUCUUUGUGGUCAUUAAACCUCCACAUGUAGGGACGACCAAAGACUCCGGCCUUUCGCCUGAGGACGACUUGCUGGAGAUUGUGGAUCUGGACGAAAAAGCAGAGGUUGAGCCGUCUCUUCAACAAGCUCGGUCAGUAUCUGCAGUUCCUGGAGUAAAAGAAGCACCGAUCCCUGUGGACGCCCCGUCACCCUGCGUGGAGUCUGCGGUCCAGCCCGUCGGGGAAGGAGAGGUCAAGGAAAAGUCAGAGCUGUCUGAGGAUUCCAGCACAGCAUCAGCCUCUCCCCCAUUGAGCACACAGGAAGUGCAGCCUCCUAAAUCAAAGAAGCCACGCGUGCUUGAGCUGCCGUCCUCGUCCACCCUGCUGCCUCCUGGACUCUCACUGGAUAAAGUUAAUGCAGCGGUGAACAGUCUCCUGGCCACCGGCAGUGCUGCUAAUACCCUAACACCUACAGUUAUCACCUCACAUGCCCUGACUCCAGUGCUGUUGACACCGAGUCCGCUGCCAUCAACCAUUCACUUCUGGAGCACGCUCAGUCCUAUCGCUCCACGCAGCCCUGCCAAGCUCUCCUUUCAGUUCCCCUCUAACGGAAGCAAUCAGAUCCAGAUUCCAGCCCUGAGUGUAGAUGGCUUGUCCACACCUGUUGUUCUCUCCCCUGGACCACAGAAACCAUAACCUUCUAUUAAUUUCCUUGCCUUGCAACAUGGUGAUUGUUUCCCUCCCCAGCCAAUGAGAUGCUAACGAACAGAACAUGAAAGAAUCCGUUAGUUCUGCUUGGUAUUAAUGGGGAAUCUGCUCCAGUGAUGACAAAGCACAAGGAUUGCACUCUCCUUAUGAUUGGCUGACAGAGCAGCCCAGCUCUAGGCUCGAUGGUGGCAUUAUUAAGACUAUUUACACUUUAUUUUUCCCCUUUGCCUUUUUUAUAUGUUCGUCUGUUUAUUUAUUUAUUUUUGUUGUCUGAAAAGAUUCGUAACGCAUUUUGGCUUUCUUCAGAUGCACUUACCAGAAUGUUCAUAAUGAUAUUUUAAUUUGGAACAUGGAUAUAUCACCUUUUUUAAUUUGUCGUAACAACGAUUUAUGGACCACACAAGGAAACCUUUGAUUGAAUAGAGGCAUGAAAUGCCCUUACUUACAGACAGAGUAUUUCUUUACCUCGAACUGCAUUUCUUCUUUUGGUGUGAAUGGAAAGCAUGCAUUUAAAGUCUGAGAGAAGACGUCCAGAUUUAAGUGCAAGUUCAGUUCUUUCUUUGGCAUUGCAGAGACACAAUUUGUACACAAACGGAUUUGUCAGUUUUUAAAGGACAUGACGCACUGUUGUUUUAUAGCAUUCUGCAUUUUUUCUAUGGACAAAUGAGUCAGUUUUGCUAUGGAGGCAUUGAAAAUGCCCAAGGAAUGAAAUGAUAAUUUCUAGGACCGAAGAGGCAGAAACAGGCUGGACACAUUUCAAGAGAGGAGUCAUGCCAAGAUAUCAAGAUCUGGAAUGUAUCAAUACUCUUUUUUUUAAAAAUCUGGGACAUUCCUUUAUUUUAAAACUUUCUUUUUGUAAAUAUAUUUUGCACCCAUUCCAGUUUGAACAGAUUCAGUUGUUGUUCUAGAUCUCCUGUUUUCUUCCCUGACUAUCAAGGAACCCUUUCUCUAGCAGCAACCUAAAAGAAGAUGUGGAUUUUAGAAGCGCUUCAUCCAAGCUGUUUCGGUUUCAUGUUUAAAAACAAAAAAUGCCGGAGGAGACCAAAGACCAACUGUCUGCAUACAAUCCAUCGAUGUUUCCUUUUGGUUCUCACUCUCUCCAUCUUUCUCCAAUUCUAUUUUUAAUCUGCCACAUUAAAGGGCUACAAGAACCUUAACGCUACCAAAACGCUCAAUUUUUUAAACUGUAAAUAUCGGAUACACCUAACUCGCCAGCUAUAAGUGUAAAAUUCAAUAACAAUGUAAAUAGUUGAAGUUAUUUAUGGAAGAACAGGAAGUAUGUAGCUUCAGCUUUGUGUAAACCGUGGCUCGCCUAUUAUGCUAUGUUCGUCUGAUGUGUUAAAAUCACACAUACGGUUGUUACCUCAAAGCUGUCAACAGCUCGACGUGUCAAAGUCAAGGCAGGCACUCAAAUAUGUUGAGACUCUUUCCUACUGACAAACAAAGCCAACGUUUAUUUGCAUAUUUUCUCAUGCUUACGGUUGUUGAGAAGCUUUCUUGUGGGGAAAUGAUGGCGGUUAUAAACGGAAUUCUGUGUCUUGUUGAUGGACAGCGGUUGGCUUGAUACAGCCCAAGACCGACUGAAUGGUGCUUUGUCAACGAUGCCAAACACAGAGCGUUUCCAUCCUUUCAUAUCACCCGAGUUUAGUUAACUCACAUCUCCUUAUUUUACAUUUAGGGGUCAGUGACUUGAUUUUGGCUGCUUGUGUUGUUUAAAGAGACUUCUGGUGUGAUAUCUGCAUAAUUGUACCGAAGUGGAGGUUUCUGCUCAAAGCAUGAAGUCAUUGUUUUUGUAUGUCACCUUUAAUUCUUUGGAUAAUUUCUGUUUUAUCUUGUUUGGGCUUUAGUUUAUACCCCUUAAACAAGAUUCAGCCGAUGUGCUACAUCCUCAGUCAAUGCAAAUUUUUCUAAUACCAGUUAACGACUGUUCGAGGAUCAGCUCAGUUCAUCACAGGUCCUGGAAGCCUUUGUUGUUUUCAGAUGAUGUCACGGAUGCCCACGACACAUUGAAUGUUUUGUCCAAGGGGUGUUUUGGGCGUUCUGCCCUCUCACAUCACCACACGCUGAGCUCAUUCGUAUAAAUUGGCAAGGGACUUUGUGUCCGCAUAUUAAAUUCUUUGGUGAGUUCAGAGAGAUUAUCGGUAUAACGUAUCGUCAUCGGUGAGUUACUUUUGGUACAAACCGGCAAUAUCAGAUAACUCACUGUGCUGGUCGAUUUAGGGAUUUUUGAGUAAUACUUUCUUCAUGCUAAAUCUUUAAUGCGUUGCGGUGCCGCCUCUGUUUUCAGUCUGUCACUUUUCCCUCUGGAUUUCAGGGGAAGUGGAUCGGACUGUUCGUGCCUCAGAACGUCCACUUCACUUUAGCUGCGCAGCUGAGCUCUGUAAUGUAAUGCGAAUGUGUUUUACUGCUGAUGUCUUUGAGCUUCUUCACCCUGCUGCGAUGCUGCUGUUUACUGUACAUCAGCACAAAUCAAUAUGGUGACGGCAUACUGUGCACGAUUCCCCGAAUUAAACUAUUAGAUAGUGAUGACUUCAUUUAUCCCUGUUACCAAGCAAGCUUAAAAACGUUGAAAUAGUGAGCCAUAUACAUUUAAAUUCUUUUCACUUUUAAAAUGAACAUUUAUACGAGCUAAAAAAGGAAUUAAACAUAAGAGAUGUAUUUUAGAAGACUUAAGGAUCGUGUUAUGGGUUUGUUAUAAACUGCCUAAGACAAUUUUACAGAUGUCUAAAAAAAAGGUUGAAUAUUGUAACUUUAAUGAGCUUUGGUCAAAUGAUGAAACUCAUGCUGCACGUCUCUGGACCUACAAAGACUGUUUGGGUAUCUUUAUACCACAUUUCUAAUAGGCCUUAAAGUUGGAUUUCUGGUUAUGUGCUCAUUCAGUGACAAACCCUCUGGUAUUAAUAGUGAUAAGAGUUGUUUUUUAUCUGAAGUCAUCCUAGAAUGAUAUUUUCAUGUGGAGAUGUCAUAUUUAUUAGACAAAAUAUGAAUUCAAUUCAAAUUUUUAUUUAAUGCCUGUUUCCAUACCCUGUUCCCUUUUGAGAACCAAAAAAUUGUAUUUGUUUUAACUGUACAAAGAAAUUGUAAAUGUUGGGAACCAGCAUGUGGUAAAUAUUCCUUUAUGCAAAUAAAGACGCAUUACAUAAAAAGCCAUUUAUGAAAUAAUCGAUUGGGCCAUAGAGAUUUAUAGGCUGAGACAAUGUGGAUAAGUGUCUAUAAAUUAUUUCCAAAUACCAGCAAUGGUUUGUUGCCGUCAGGGUGAAAGUUUCAUUCAUAAAAUGCUGUUAAUCUUACUGAAAUGUCUCAUUGAGAAAAACCUGUUUAAUGCUUGUUACCUGCUGUUGAAGUGCAAGUACCAAACCUAUCGCAGAUGAAAGAGUUGAACCUGUUGUGGCUACAAACUGUUAAGACAUAUUUGCCUCGUUUUGCUUUUCAAGUUACUGAAUUUGAACGUCUGCUGCGUCAGAUGAUGUAAUGAGUCUUUUCACUUGUUUUUCUCUUUGAAAUUUUAUGUGGGAACUGUUAUGUAUUGUAUGACUACAUUCAAUAACGUGUUGGGAAAUCUUGCGCUAUGCGUAUAUACUUGUGUACAAAACGUCUGCUGUUUGUGUAAAGAACGAACAUGCAGCCCUGUUCAGCUUAUGGACUGUUGAGAAGCAGAUUUUUGUGGCCCGAGGUCCCUUUCCCAGAUGAGAGUCUCUCUCUUUCUCUCUCUGGGAGUUUAUUUCACGAAGGGACGGAGAGGCUUUUAUUUUUCUGACUGUCUAAAUGCUAUAUUGUAUGUACUGGAAAGAGAGAUAAAACUAUUUUCAUCUGCACAUCAUACUUGUUUGUGUAUGUGAUAGAUAUUAAUCUUGUUUUCUAUAAAGACAAAAGAGACUUGUAACUAAUAUGAAAAGUGAAUAAAAUGAUAUUUUGGUCUUUACAUUA